AGAAUCUGUGUAUAAAUACGACAACUGCUUCUGUUAUGUCUGUGAAGCACGACUGGUCUCAUCAUUGAAAUGGCAAUGGGGCUGCAGAUGUAUAAGCUGUUCAUGUGGGCGACUUUGCUUGGUAUCAAUGUUUCUGUUGCGAGAGGGAAACAGUAUAUCUCUGCAGUGGGAGACCCGGGAAUGAGAACAGAUGGGUUGAGGGUGGCUUUUGAAGCUUGGAACUUUUGCAAUGAAGUUGAAGAAGCUCCUGGCAUGGGGAGCCCCAGAGCUGCUGAUUGUUUUGAUGUCUCAAGUUUUUCUCUGAGACACAGGGUGAAUGAAACUGAUAACAAACUCGGGGUGGGUAACCCGUUCCCAGGUUUAGGUCCGGAAGCUGUAAAUAAUGCAGAUCUUUUUGCUGCGCAGAAGGAACUCUAUCUUGGUUCUUUAUGCCAAGUUGCAGAUACCCCAAAUCCAUGGCAAUUUUGGAUGAUUAUGCUGAAAAAUGGAAACUUUGACACUAAGUCUGGCUUGUGCCCUGAGAAUGGAAAAAAGGUGCCUCCUUUUAGUUCAGGGAGGUUUCCUUGCUUUGGAAAGGGAUGCAUGAAUCAACCCAACUUGUAUCAUGAACUUACACAUUUCUUAGGUGGUGAUACAAUGAGAGGGAGUUUCAAUGGAACGUAUGACUUAGGUUCUGAUAUUAGGAGUGAACUUGAUGGGAUCUCUUUCUUUGAGGUGGUUUGGGAGAAGAAAGUUGGUGUUGGGAGUUGGGUAUUCAGUCAUAAGCUCAAAACCUCAAAGAAGUACCCAUGGCUGAUGCUGUACCUCCGGGCUGAUGCAACCAAGGGAUUCUCUGGUGGAUACCAUUAUGACACAAGAGGAAUGCUCAAAUCACCACCAGAGUCGCCUAAUUUUAAGGUCAGGGUGACUUUGGAUGUCAAGCAAGGAGGAGGGCCCAAGAGCCAGUUCUACUUAAUUGACAUUGGUAGCUGUUGGAAGAACAAUGGAAAUCCCUGCAAUGGAGAUGUGCUCACGGACGUAACUAGAUACAGCGAGAUGAUCAUCAAUCCUGACACUCAGGCUUGGUGCAGCCCCAAGAGUGUGGGCAAUUGCCCACCAUAUCAUAUUACGCCAGACAACAAAAAAAUCUACAGGAACAAUACCGCACACUUCCCUUAUGGAGCUUAUCAUUACUACUGUGCUCCAGGUAAUGCUCAACAUUUGGAGCAACCUGUGAGCACUUGUGAUCCUUACAGCAAUCCUCAGGCGCAAGAGCUUGUUCAGUUGCUGCCUCACCCGAUCUGGGAUGAGUAUGGCUAUCCAACCAAACAAGGGGAUGGCUGGGUUGGUGAUGCUAGAACAUGGGAGCUUGAUGUUGGUGGGUUAUCUAGUAGACUUUACUUUUAUCAGGAUCCUGGUACCCCUCCUGCUAGAAGAAUAUGGACAUCCAUAGAUAUGGGUACUGAAAUUUUUGUUAGUGACAAAGAAGAAAUGGCAGAAUGGACUCUCAACGACUUCGACGUUCUUCACACAUCAUCCCCAGAUUCGUAAUAAUAUCCUACAUUUUAGUCUAGCUGUUGGUAUUCUCUUAUUUCCGAGCCAAGCAAAAGAAAACCUUCAUUUGCAAUAGAGCAGAUAUAGGGCAUUAGGAUGAGAAGCAGAAGAAAAGGCCUGUAAGGGCUGAGCUUCCACAUCCCAGAGACUAGUUAUUGUGAACAAUACAAUUCUUAAUGCUUAAACAGAUCAUAAGAACCAGUUACAACUUUGUUUUCAUAUUAGGAUGGAGAUAUCCACAAUGUCUUGGCUUUAUAGCA